AUGGCCUUUGCAUUGUCAAAACGGUGUCAAGAAGUUUCUGAAGGUGAUUGCAACGACAUGGCGGUGUCGACUAUUUCGCCCCGUUCACGAGCACAUCGCCUUGUACCAACAGAGGAGUACGCAUGCGACAACCUACUGCGAAAAUUCGAAAGAACUGCUGGAACAUUGGCGAGCCUGGAAUUAUGGGAAGUGUGGAACUCGCAGGGACAUGGCAUGCACCCUUACCGCAAGACUCAAUCCCUCUAG